AUGGCGGCGGCGGCGGCUCGGGGCGCUCGCCUGGCGGCUUGGGGCGCUCGGCUGCGGCGCGGGCUGGCCGCUCGGGGGGCCGGCCGGUUGGCGGCGGCCGUGGCCGGGGUGGCCCUGGCCGGAGCGGGAGCGGCCUGGCAGCAUGGCCGCGUGAAUGUCGCGGCGCGCGAGGGCAGCGUCCCGGCGCUGGCACAGAAAAAUGUUGACCAUGGAGCCAUGGAGAGACCAUCUCUUCGCAAACAGCGGUUCAUGCAGUUUUCUUCACUGGAACAUGAAGGAGAAUAUUACAUGACGCCACGAGACUUCCUCUUCUCAGUCAUGUUUGAAGAAAUGGAACGUAAAACUUUAGUCAAGAAGCUGACAAAAAAGGACAUUGAGGAUGCACUAGCGGGAAUCCAAAAAGCUGGUUGUGGCUCAACGUUUUUCAGAGACCUUGGUGAUAAAGGGCUGAUUUCAUAUACUGAAUAUCUCUUCUUGCUUACCAUCCUCACUAAACCCCACAGCGGGUUUCAUGUGGCGUUUAAAAUGUUGGAUGCAGACGGAAACGAGAUGAUUGAGAAGAAGGAAUUUUUUAAGCUGCAGAAAAUCAUAAGUAAACAGGAUGACUUGAAGACCGUGAAAAGGAGUGACACAGAGUGUCAGGAAUCAAUAGUGAAAGAAUCUGAAAUUAAUACAACUCUCGAAAUACGCUUCUUCGGAAAAAGAGGAGAAAAAAAGCUUCAUUAUCAGGAAUUUCGAAGAUUUAUGGAAAAUUUACAAACAGAGAUUCAAGAAAUGGAAUUCCUCCAGUUUUCAAAAGGUUUGAGUUUCAUGAGGAAAGAAGACUUUGCAGAGUGGCUACUUUUUUUCACUAACACUGAAAAUAAAGACAUUUAUUGGAAAAAUGUGAGAGAGAAGUUAUCAGCGGGAGAGAGCAUUAGUUUGGAUGAGUUCAAAUCAUUUUGUCAUUUUGCCACUCACUUGGAAGACUUUGCUAUCGCCAUGCAAAUGUUUAGUUUAGCUCAUCGCCCUGUCAGACUCGCGGAAUUCAAGAGAGCCGUGAAAGUAGCAACAGGACAAGAGCUCUCGAACAAUCUUUUGGACACAGUCUUCAAGAUCUUCGACCUGGACGGGGACGAGUGUCUCAGCCACGGGGAGUUUCUUGGAGUGCUGAAAAACAGAAUGCAUCGGGGCCUAUGGGUGCCACAUCAACAAAGCAUACAAGAAUACUGGAAAUGCGUGAAAAAAGAAAGCAUUAAAGGUGUAAAAGAAGUCUGGAAACAAGCUGGAAAAGGCCUUUUUUAAAAAUAUAAUGAUAUGGUGGCUCCCCAAGGAUUGCUCUGAAUGUCAGAACUUGAGAAUUCGGCUCUCAGCCGCUUCCUUCCUCCUGUACAAACGCCUUGGCUUUCUGAUUCAAUCAUUUCUUGGCUCUCAUUAAAGAACUUACUAGAAGGAAAAAUUAUUUUGUAAAAGCAGGUCCUGUAUUUCUUCAAAAGGCCUACAUUUGAGGUUUUGUUUUGUACUUUGAUUAGAAGAAAAAGUUAGUUUUUUGCUGAUUUCUUAGAAAUAAACGCAUGAUAAGCUUUCUGGAAGAGUAAACAAGUUUUUUUUAAAAAAGUUGAUCAACAUGGCCAGUAUGAAUUCUAGAAGUUGUGAUGUUCCUAAAAGGGAAAAGGAAGUUCUAAAACUUACUUUAGAUUUUUCUCAUAUCUAAUAUCUUAUAUCGCAGCAAUUUCCUGUAGAUUUUACUUCAGUUAAGCUCAUAUUCACUGUCUUAAACAAUGUAUAAAUUUUCAUGUCCUGUCAAAGCAGAAUAAAAUAUUUGCACAAAA